AUGUGGAGAUGCAACACCCGCCGUCGGACUUGCCUCUACCAAGUAUCAUACGGCGACGGUUCUUUCACCGUCGGGGAUUUCUCCACCGAAACGCUAACUUUCCGUCGAAACCGCGUCAAAGGCGUUGCGCUCGGAUGCGGUCACGACAACGAAGGUCUAUUCGUCGGAGCCGCCGGUUUGUUAGGCCUAGGAAAAGGUAGAUUGUCGUUUCCCGGUCAAACCGGUCGCCGGUUUAAUCAGAAAUUCUCGUACUGUUUAGUCGACAGAUCCGCUUCCUCUAAGCCUUCCUCCGUCGUCUUUGGAAACGCCGCCGUUUCACGAACCGCAAAAUUCACGCCGCUUUUAUCAAACCCGAAGCUCGACACUUUCUACUACGUCGAGCUUUUAGGAAUUAGCGUCGGAGGGACACGUGUCCCCGGCGUGAGCGCUUCUCAUUUCAAACUCGACCAGAUUGGAAACGGCGGUGUCAUUAUCGAUUCGGGGACCUCUGUGACCCGGUUGAUCCGACCAGCUUACAUCGCUAUGAGAGACGCCUUCCGGGUCGGAGCCAAGACCCUAAAACGAGCACCGGAUUUCUCUCUCUUCGACACGUGUUUCGAUCUCUCUAAUCAAAACGAGGUUAAGGUCCCGACGGUGGUUCUGCACUUCCGUGGAGCCGACGUGUCACUCCCCGCGACGAAUUACUUGAUUCCGGUGGAUACUAACGGCAAAUUCUGUUUUGCUUUCGCCGGUACGAUGAGCGGACUUUCUAUUAUCGGGAACAUCCAGCAACAGGGUUUCCGGGUCGUAUACGACUUAACUGGUUCCCGGGUCGGGUUUGCUCCACGAGGAUGCGCUUAA